GCAACUCGCAUCAGACCGCAGCGAAACAGCAUGGACCAGCAGCCCUGAUCCAUCCAACUUGGACUCUAUGUCCUCCCUUGGUCCUGCCACUUGGCCGUAUAUAUACCAACCCGCAGGACCUGGCAACACGGCGGCAAAUCUCAGAACCCCAGGCGCACUUCACCAUCAUCACCCAAUAACGACCAAGAGUUCGAUCAAAACAGAAGUUCGACCCAUUGUAACACACCGGCCAAGAUGGGAGCUUCUACCUCUAGAUCAGCGUGCCCCGCACUCGGCAUCACCCCUGACUGCGGUAGAAUCACGAUCAACAGCUCAGGUAUCGUAACAGCCAUUGGAGCCAUCGACAAAGGGAAAGUGACCCCGGACGGCGACAUCGCAGGGAUCGGCGUGGUCUCGGUCUUCGUAGGGGUUACCUCGCUCGCUUUCUUCCUAAGCACAAUCGUCGUCUUGUUUAACCUGGCAAAGUGGGUGGGGUGGAAGUCUACCCUGACUCCCGAGAAGAAGCAAGAGCGUAGCGGCUGCGCCGUUGUGAGCCUGACGUCCCUUUGCGAGACCAUUGUCCUCUCCUGCAGCGACCAACAGAUCUUCACUGGCGGCGCCUACUCCAUAACACUGCGCUACUUCAAGGGCUGCUCCAUCACAGCCUACCACUACAACAUGGUGGCCAACAUGAUGCUGCUCACCUGCGCCACCCACCUCCUCAGCCUCACGGUGGUCCGCGACUACUGGCGAUACCCCUGGCUAGCCUGCGUCCGCGUCCUCAUUACACUCUUCCUUUUCCUGACGACAGGUCUGCUCCUCUCCAACCAAAACAGCACAGAACAGAUAUUCCCGUCCAACAUUCCACCGCCCGGCGACGAGCCCGCCUUCAUGUUUGUCCCUGCAGUCUGCUACCAGAACGGAGACACGGACUUCAAGAAGACGCUCGGUAAAACUUUUGAUGAAGGGGGCACACGUUUCGCCGACGUUCUUUUCAACAGCAAUCCAGGAAACAAGAUUCGUGGCUGGAAUUGGUACAUCAUGAUGUUGCUUUUCUACUUGGCGGCCUUCCUACUCGAGAUUUUUCGAUCCAUCAACCGCGGCAGCGAGCAUCCGGGACGAAAGCGACAUGGGUUUAUACAAUGGCUCAAGCGCGUUACCAUGGUGGGCCCCAAGAGCAGCAAGGCACUCGGCAGACUUGGUCGGGGCCUGAUGAUCUUCUACCUCCUCGGCGGCCUGGCAAUUAGCGGCGCCACUAUCAUCCUAACGUCCCAGUAUCUGUUCAGCUUGCGCAGGUGGGCGCGGAACGCAGGGUGGCUCGAGACGGACGAAGGGUCGAGAAAGACCAGCGAGGACGAUGCAACCGCCUUCGGCCAGAUGAUUCCCAUGAUACUCUCUCUCCUGACAAUCUUUGCUUUGUUUGAGAAGUGGAGUGAGAUGGGAUCCCGAGACCGAGCAGACAGACAGUACAGCUUUUCUGGCGCCGCGACCUAUCGAACAAGCACCUCCUCCCAACCUCCUGCCGGCAAGAACAGCAGUGGGUCUGACGGCAGCCUGGUACCCGGCGACCCCAACGGCGGCGCGGGUACAGUCUACGAUGUCUCUGACAAGACCUUUUCCGCCCUCCGCAACUCGCAGCCGCUGAUGUCGCCAGGAAGCACCGUUAUUGGAAGCAACACUGUGACUCCUGGGCUCACUCCCAUGGCACCGGCCUUCUCAGGUGUCGGCAGCCAGGAGUAUUUCUACGACCAUGGCAUGACAUCCCCGCCCUUGCCUCAGCGGCAGAGCCAAUCGCCUCAGAAUCUGUCCCAAGCCCGGUUCUUCAACGGCCCGGCCAGCGCGCCGCUGCCGCCUUACGCGAGCAACCCUCAGCUUUCGGGCACAGCCCAGCAUACACCACAUUACGCUGGCGGUGCUCACACCUGGGGAGGAAGAGGGGCAGUUCCGGACCCGAGACGUAUCAGGUCUAGCUCUGAGUUCCACCCGCUAUCUUCGCAUCCGCAGGAAUCACCGCGCGGACACGAGUGGCGGCAUGUCUCUAUGCCUACGGCGACGACUCAGUAUCACCACCAGCCGACCGCAGCCGCUCCCCCGGGAAGCGUCGUCAGCUUGGCGGUCGGGGCGCCGAACCAGCAUUCGUAUGGGAAUGCCGAGGGAUAUUUUCCGCCGUCGUUCGUCGGAAGCCCCCCGCACGAUGGCCAGCUGCCUCGUCGAGCGACUUGAUCUUGUACUUUUCGGCCAUUGGAUUUUCUUCGCUGCAAUGUCGUCUUUCAACAUUUUUAUCUGUUUUUCUGUUGUUAAUCUGAUGGGCUAGGAUUUAUCGGGAUGCUCCUAC